AUGGAACUUCAAAAACGCUGCAAAGGGUGCAAAAAAUACCUGACAGUUCCGACUGGGCAUCCUUGUUCCAUCUGUUAUACAGUCAACAGGCCUAAAAAUAGUUCUAACUAUAAUGCCCUGUCUCGAGUACUCCAGUAUAUUGAUGGUUAUGCCAACAGACGAAGCAGUUAUUACUUUGAUGCCGUCCCAUAUGAACAGCCUGUACAAUUUCCAGCAUAUGGAGGUUAUAAUUCUCCACCAGCCUAUGAUUCUGGCUACUAUAGCAUGCAGCCACAGCCACCGCAGCAGCCAUGGUCUUCUCCUACAGCCUAUAGUGAUGCUUAUUAUAGUCCACCACAACAGGCAUUGCCACCUCCACCGGUGUAUGGGAACAGUUAUUAUAACAGCUAUUACCAAGAAUCACCACAAGUGUAUAAGAGAAAGAGGGCAGUGCUGUGUGGUGUGACCUACAAAGGUCAUAGAAGGACGUUAACUGCCAGUAUAAAUAACGUCAGGAGCAUGCACCAAGUAUUGUUGAAAAUGGGAUUCCCAAAUGGUUCCAUUUGCAUCCUCACAGAAGCUAAUCGAAACUACUGGACCACUUUCUUAUGUUUGUUUAGUCAGACCAACGUUCAAACACAUUUAGCUUCCACGAAUGAUAUCGUAUCAUAUCCCAAAAAGUAUCAUAUCAUGGUAGAGCAGUGUUCAAAGUUGACCCGAGUACCUAUAAUUGCAGAAGAGGAACCAUAUGCCAACAGGAUUCCAACAAGACAUAACAUCCUAAUGGCAUUGGAGUGGCUCACCAAAGGUUGCCAAUUUGGAGAUUCAUUGGUCUUCUAUUAUGCAGGCCAUGGGUCCCGCAUGAUCGAUUACAGUGGAGAUGAAAAAGAUGGGUAUGAUGAAGCAUUGUGUCCUGUUGACUAUCGUGUAUCUGGGAAGAUUCUAGAUGAUGAAUUCAAUGCCAUCCUUGUAGAACCAUUACCUCAUGGAGCAACACUUCACAGUAUUAUGGACACUUGCUUUAGUGGAACUCUUCUCGAUCUACCUUUUCUUUGCAGGAUUAAGCGGGGAGGAUUCUAUAAGUGGGAAGAUCACCAUCCAUCUCAUGUUUCAGCGUAUGGGGGUACUAGUGGUGGAAAAGCAAUCUGUAUUAGUGCCUGUGAUGAUGAUCAAUAUUCAGCAGAUACGCCGGUUUUCACCGGCAGUGCUAUUGGUGCAUUGACUUAUAGCUUCAUCCAAACAGUGCAAACUGCACAUAAGUUGACAUAUGGAGACUUACUUGAUAACAUACGCAAAGUAAUUUGUGAAGCUCAACAACGACAAGGCCUAAAUGCUCCAUUUGCAUCUACACCACAGGAGCCUCAAUUAUCUAGUUCAACAAGAUUUGAGAUUUACUCGGAGCCUUUUUCAUUGUAAAAAAGUUGUCACUCUGAACUAAUCAAUCUUACCAAGAAGAGCAUGUAAGCCCACAUGGUGGUUUCAUCCUAAAAUUAAGUGGGAAUAGGGCUAGUCAUCAAACUUAUAUGCAGGCUUAGGAAUUUAUCAUGUUUCAGUGUGAGAUUUUGGUUUGUACUCAACACUUGAUUAUAAGAAGUAGUUACCAUAGACUACAAAGCCUUCCCUUUCCGGAUCAAAAAACUUUCAAUUUCUAUAAGCAUAAACGUGUUCUA